AUGUUCGGAACCAAAACCCUCCUCUUCCAGUCCAUACUCGCCACCGUCGUUCUGGCCGUUGGCGUACGUUCGAGGAACCAAGUGGAAGCAAGAGAUGCACUCUCCGAUUUCACACCUCCUACUCAAUGUGCAAGCGCUUGCGGAAAAGUGACGUCGAGUUUGAAAGCUUGUACUGCUGGCGAUCCUUCAUGUAGAUGCGAAGAUCUGACUGGAAAUACCCUGGCAACGUGCCUUGAAUGUGCUCAAGCUCAUAACCCGGAUGCUACAGUUCACAAUCCUGGAGAUCUGACAGAUACUUUUACCGCCUGCCAGACGCGUAUUUUACGGAAGGGAGGUGGCGGGUCGGUAUCUGUCGAUGUCGGUGGCGCAUUGUCCAUUCGCCCUAAUGUAUUGGGUGCGAUCGGAAUCGCUGUUGCAGGGUCGGUAUUCCUGUAA